AUGACUGACGCUGCCAACACCUCUAGUGGACCAGCCUUGCACCAAGCAGUAGAUCAACUCACAGCCGCCGCCCAAUCUGGCUACAAUGUCUACCAAAACCGGGACCUCUUUCAAGAACGAGCGCUGCGAGAUGUCACAAUGGGAAGCAACGAAUCAGCACUGAUGCUCGACCCAAACAAUCCCAUCUUGGUCAGAGAUGAGAUGAAUGCGCAAAAGGACUACUUUCGAAGAUUGAAGUUCACAUAUCUCGAACAAGGUGCCAAGAGGCACUUUCUCGCUUCCAUCACGGGAGAAGAGCCGCAAAGAGUAGAGCCGGGGGAGAAUGAAGAGCUCGAGGCGUCCAACGCGCAGAAGAAGGCUGAACUCAAAGCUGUCAAGACGAAUAUUGAGAACAUGAGGAAGGAGACCGUCGCACUUGCAGAACAGAACGCCAAGCGCAAGUCGAACUACCUCCCUGCCGAUGGCCCAGGCUGA